AUGCUCAGAACAGCAAUCAGGAAUCAACAAAGCCUUACCACUAGGAUACCAUUAGCUACCACGAUACGUGGAUUCCAUGUAUCAAAUGUCAACUUCGAUGACAAACCACCAUCAUCAAACUCCCCAUUAAAGGUAUUCUUUGACACAUUCAAACAGGAAGUUAAAAAAUCGUCCGAGUUGAAAGAGAAUAUAAAAGCUUUGCAAGAUGAGUCUGGGCGGAUGGCUGAAUCGGAAGCAUUCAAAAGAGCCAAAGAAGCAUACGCUAGAGCACAAAAGGGUAGAAGUGCGGCAGGCAAGGCAGUUAAAAAGACAGCUGAUGUGGUGGGUGGCGCUGCUUAUAAAGCAUGGGAGUCACCAGUGGGGAAAGGUGUGAGAACCACCGUCAAAGUUAGUGCAGAUGUUGCAGAUAAAGCUUUUGAACCAGUCAGAAAGACCAAAAUAUAUCAAGACGUUUCUGAGGUGAUUGAUGAUGGAUCUUCAAACAUGUACGGUGGAUUCUUAACCAAAGAACAAAGACAAGCGUUGAGGGAGAAGGAAUUGGCUAGAAAAUUAAAAGAAGGUUUCAAGGGUCCCGUUAAGGAGAAUGAAGAAGCUGGAGGCGAAUUGAUUGCAACAGAAAUAAAGUCAUCAGGACCGUCUACUAGUGAGAAAUGGGAAUCUUUCAAGCAAAAGUCGCCCAUUGGUAAAGCUAUUGUUAUUCUCAAAGAAAAAUGGGACGAGUCAGAGAAUGGGUUAAUCAGUCUAAUACGUACUAUUAUUGAAAAGAUUACUGGUUUUUUUGCAGAGACCGAACAAGCCAAAACUAUUAGACAAUUGAAGUAUAUGGACCCAUCAUUCAAGUUGACUGAUUUCCAAAAGACAUUAAACGAUUAUAUUGUUCCAGAAGUUGUUGAUGCUUAUAUCAAAAACGACGCAAAAGUCUUGAAAGAAUGGUUCAGUGAAGCUCCAUACAAUGUGUGGGAAGCUAACAACAAACAGUUUACCCAACAAGGUUUGUUUUCAGACAGCAGAAUCUUGGAUAUUAGAGGUGUUGAUAUUGUCACUUGCAAAAGCUUGCAACCUAAUGACAUUCCGGUCGUUGUUGUCAGUUGUAGAGCACAAGAGAUUCAUUUGUAUAGGAAAGCCAAGACUGGAGAAAUUGCUGCUGGUACUGAAGACCAAAUUCAAUUGAGCACCUAUGCCAUGGUUUUGACAAGAAUUCCAGAGGAAUUUGAUAACAAGACAACCGAGGGAUGGAAGAUUGUUGAGUUUGCCCGUGGUGGUUCAAGACCUUUCCAUUAG